UUAUUCUUUGGGUUUUAAUAUUUUUCCGUGUGUGUUUGUGUUUUUACUGAUUUUACCCUUUUGUCAUAUCUGUCAAAAAGUCUUUUGAUAGUUAGGCAUUUCACUCAUUUUCUUACAUAAACCGAUCGAAUCGAAAAAAUAGAAAUCCGGGCACAAUAUUGCUGUGCAAAAAUGAUGCGAUCUGCGGUUGCUCCUGUUCUCGUAAAUUGCUGGAAAUCGGUGGUUCCCAAAGGGGUAGCAGUAGCAGCGAUCAAUGUGAGCCAGGUUCGUGAGAAAAGCACUCUGCCGGUGGUGGAGAAGGAUAAGCCGGAAAAGUUGCCUUAUUCCCCGUUUGGCACCAAGCAAUCCAACUGGGCUGAUUGGACAGUGGCCCGUCUGGAUGAUGUGCUGAACUGGGGUCGCAAGGGCUCAAUCUGGCCGUUGACAUUCGGGUUGGCUUGCUGCGCCGUCGAGAUGAUGCAUAUUGCGGCGCCUCGUUAUGAUAUGGAUCGCUUCGGAGUGGUGUUCCGUGCUUCCCCGCGACAAGCAGAUGUAAUCAUUGUGGCAGGUACCCUAACCAAUAAAAUGGCCCCGGCCUUGCGCAAAGUCUACGACCAAAUGCCUGAACCAAGGUGGGUAAUUUCGAUGGGUAGCUGUGCCAACGGGGGAGGAUACUACCAUUACUCGUACUCCGUUGUUAGGGGUUGUGAUCGAAUCAUCCCCGUAGACAUCUACGUUCCCGGAUGUCCGCCAACUGCGGAAGCUCUGCUCUACGGAAUCCUUCAGUUGCAAAAGAAAGUUAAGCGAAUGAAGACUCUACAGAUGUGGUACAGAAAGUAAGGCUCUUAUACCAAUUCAAUUAGUCGUUUCAAUGCGUAUUGUGCUACGUAAACGCAAUAAAUAUCUGUAAAUAAAGUCGAA